AUGGAGGAAGCUAAAACAGAACGUUUCAGUGAUAUCGUGUUUUCUUGGUCGCUUGAAGACAUUUUCAAUGAGAAUCUUUACAAGAACCAGGUGGAAAAGAUUCCUGAAUCAUUUCAUUCGGUUUGGCAAUAUUUUGGGUCUUAUAUACAUCCUUUAUUGGAAGAAACUCGAGCACAGGUGCAUUCAAGUAUGGAAACUAUUGACAAAGCACCAUUUGCUGAAGUGGUUGGUUUUGAAGAAUGCAAUCCUCAUGGGGUUGGGGCUUACGGGAGAAAUGUAUAUGAUAUCAAGGUUGAUUGCUGGAGAAACAGGUUCAGUGAUCGCGGCAAGGAACCAUACAAAACUUUGCCUGGGGAUCUUUUUGUCUUAGCAGAUGCCAAACCCGAAACUGUUUCUGAUUUACAAAGGGUAGCGAGGUCCUGGGCUUUUGUUUCUGUCACUAAUGUCUCAGAAAAUGAGAACGAGGAUGAUACUACUUCUCUUUAUUUUAAAGUCAAGGCAUCCAGAGAGUUUGAAGUCAACGAUAGCACCCAUACAUCACUAUUUUUGGUUUUCCUGGUAAAUUUAAUCCCUAAUGGCAGAAUAUGGAAAGCGUUGCACAUGUCCGGAAACCAGAAGAUUAUCAAAGAAGUUUUGUGCACCAAUUCUGUGGCUCAGAAAAACAAUUAUCUCUGUUCCGAAACAAAUGAUGGCAUCCGGGAUAAGUGGUUAGUUGAGAGUUCAUCAUGGGGAUUGAAUGAGUCCCAAACUGGGGCUGUUUUGGCAUGUCUUGAAAUGCUGCAUUGUGAUUCCAAGCCUACUGUGCAACUUAUAUGGGGUCCUCCAGGGACAGGAAAAACUAAAACCACCGCUACUUUGCUUUUUACUCUGUUACAGAUGAACUGUAGGACUGUUAUUUGUGCCCCAACGAAUGUUGCAAUAACUGAAAUUGCUUCUCGUUUUCUAGAGAUAGUAACUAAAACAGAGUCCAAGUCCUUGUUCUGUUCUUUGGGAGAAGUUCUUCUAUUUGGGAAUAAGGAGCGACUUAAAGUUGGUGCACACAUUGAAGAUAUAUAUUUGAAUUACCGUGUCAAAAAGCUUGGUGAGUGCUUGGGGCCAGUGACUGGUUGGAGGAGUUGCUUUGCUUCCAUGAUAGAUUUUCUUGAAGAUUGUGUUUCUCAUUACCACGUUUUCCAGAAAAAUGAGUUAACCGAAGAGAAAGAACAUAAUGGUGUUACUGAACUGAAAGAGAAAGAAUGCAGAAGUGACACUGAACUUAUCAAGGGGAAGUGCAAAUCAUUUCUUGAAUUUUUCAGAGAUAGAUUUGUUUCUACUGCAUUACCACUAAGAUAUUGCAUUUCUACCUUAUGUACCCAUAUAGCCAAAAAUUACAUUUCGGAACAUAAUUUCCAAAACAUGAUUUCACUCAUACGCUUAGUUGAAACCAUUGAAUUUUUAUUGGUCCAAGAUAAUGUUGUUUCUGAAGCAUUGGAACUCCUUUGCUCUCGUUCAGAAUUUGAAAAUGUGGCUGAGUCAUCAUUUGUAGAUAACACAUUUCUGCUGGGCAUCAAGAUAGGAGAAUGCCUUUCAGUGUUACGUACUCUACAGGAUUCUCUUAGUAGACUUCACCUUCCAAAUGUUAGGAAUGAAGAAUCUCUAAUGGAAUUCUGUUUUCAAAGAGCUUCCUUAAUAUUUUGCACCGUGUCAAGUUCCUAUAAGCUGCAUAGAGUGGAAAUGGAGCCACUGACAAUUGCUGUUAUUGAUGAAGCUGCACAAUUGAAAGAAUGUGAAUCAACAAUAACCCUGCAACUUCCAGGCGUGAAGCAUGCUGUUCUUGUUGGUGAUGAAUGUCAGUUACUAGCUACGGUGAAAAGCAAUGUUUCUAAUGAGGCUGCUUUUUGUAGAAGCUUGUUUGAGAGGUUGAGCUCAAUGGAAUCUGUACAAAGAAUGGAUUGUUUCAAACCCUAUGCUGCUCAAGUAGUUGCAGUUCAGGACAAACUUCGACAGAAGUAUGAAAAGAUUUAUGGCUUUACAGUGAAGGUGAGGACGGUUGAAGGGUUCCAGGGUGGGGAAGAGGAUGUAAUUAUAAUGUCCACUGUACGAUCUAAUAGUCAUCAGUCCCUUGAUUUUAUAUCACAACCACAAAGAGUUAAUGUCGCUCUUACAAGGGCUAGGCAUUGUCUUUGGAUUCUGGGACAUGAAAGAACUCUACUCGAUAGCGAAUCUGUUUGGAAGGCCUUGGUCCUUGAUGCCAAAAGUCGUCAAUGCUUCUUUAAUGCUGAUGAAGACAAGAAUUUGGCCAAGGCCAUAUUAGAGGUGAAGAAAGAGUUUGACCAAUUUGAUGAUCUGCUUAAUGCUGACAGCAUACUUUUUAGAAGUUCUAGAUGGAAGGUACUUUUCAGUGAUAAUUUUCUGGAGUCAUUCAAAAUGCUAGAGUCAAUCCGUCUGAAGAAGUCUGUAUUAAAUCUUCUACUGAAGCUUUACAGUGGUUGGAGACCCAAGAACCGAAAUGUGGGGAUAAUUUGUGGAAGCUCUUCACCAAUCUUGAGACAAUAUAAAUUUGAAGGUCUAUAUAUUGUUUGCACAACUGACAUUGCAAAGGAUGUGAAAUACGUUCAAAUAUUAAAGAUCUGGGACAUAUUGCCUCUACAGGAUAUUCCAAAAUUGGUAAAUCGUCUAGAGAGUAUUUUGACAAGAUAUACAGAUGAUUUUAUCAAUCGGGCAACGAGAAAUGCCUUGAGGGUUCCUAAGAGCUGGCCACUCUCUUUGGAUGUUCCCCGGUUCAAGGAUCUUAGCAUCACUGAAAACCAGAGUGAUUUAGUUGGUGGCGACGAUUCUGAUGGUAGAAAUUAUGUUGAGAAUUCACAGGUCAGCGAGAGUUUGUUGCUCAUGAAAUUUUACUCCUUGUCAUCUGGUGUGGUAAACCACUUGCUGUCCGACCAUCAGGAGUUCUUCAGCUACUAUGGGGAGAACUCCACUACGCCAGCUUUUUGUCACCGUGAGUCCGAAACUGUGUUUGCCAUCAAGAAACAUGUUUUACACUUAAAAAGUUUUGCAUGUGGUGGUGGCAGUGAUUCAACUGAAAGGAGUUUGAUUGAUAUGGCUGAUUUUGAUGAGGAUGAAGCCCAAUUCAAGGAUAUGAAGGAUUCCUUUCAUGAUAUUCCUCCCAACUCUUAUCCUCUUGUCAUAACAUUCCAUAAGUUCUUGAUGAUGCUUGAUGGAACACCGAGUGCCGAAAUGAGGGAAACAAACUCAUACUUCGAAAGAUUCCUUGAUGCUACAAAACUUACUCACAGUCAAUUGCAAAGUUCAAGAUCAGUUGCAUUGGAGACCUUUAUAAGGACAAAGGAGGUUAAGUAUGAGAGAUUCAGUUCAUCUUACUGGCCCCAUUUUAAUAUCCAGUUAACAAAGAAGCUGGAUGCUUCAAGAGUCUUUACAGAGAUAAUAUCUCAUAUCAAAGGUGGUUUGGGAUCCAUAGAAGCAGGUGAUGGUAAACUCACCCGCGAGGACUAUGUUCAAUUGUCAGAGGGCCGGACUUCCAAUUUAAGCAAACAAAAGAGAGAAGAAAUAUAUGAUAUAUUUCAGGCUUAUGAAAAAAUGAAGAUGGAAAAUGGUGAUUUUGAUCUGGCUGAUUUUGUAAUUGAUCUUCACCGCCGUCUGAGGAGUGAAAAGUAUGGGGGUGAUCAAAUGGACUUUGUUUAUAUAGAUGAGGUUCAAGAUCUUACAAUCAGUCAAAUUGCUCUUUUCAAACAUAUGUGCAGCAAUGUUGAAGAGGGUUUCAUUUUUUCUGGUGAUACAGCACAGACAAUUGCAAGGGGUAUUGAUUUUAGGUUCCAAGACAUACGACAUCUGUUCCACAACAAGUUUGUGUUGGAAUCAAGAAGCAAUAAGCUUGAAGAAAGAAAAGAAAAAGGACAAAUUUCAAAAAUGUUCCAUUUGACUCAAAAUUUCCGUACCCAUACUGGUGUACUGAAGUUAUCACAGAGCAUUGUUGAAGUAAUUUAUCGUUUUUUCCCCCACUAUAUUGAUGUUUUAAAACCUGAAACCAGUCUUAUAUAUGGGGAAGCUCCGGUUUUGCUUAAAUCUGGAGAAAAUGAAAAUGCAAUCAUAAAAUUAUUUGGAAAUUGUGCAACUGGUAGUGGAAAUAUAGUUGGCUGUGGCGCAGAGCAGGUUAUUUUGGUGCGAGAUGAUGCUGCUAGGAAAGAAGUUUCCAUGUUUGUCGGGAAGCAUGCUCUUGUCCUGACCAUUGUGGAGUGCAAGGGCCUCGAGUUCAUGGACGUACUCUUGUAUAACUUUUUUGGCUCAUCACCAUUGAAAAAUCAAUGGAGGGUAAUAUAUGAUUACAUGAAGGAAGAAGAUUUGCUUGACUCAACAUUACCUCAGCGGUUUCCAAGUUUCAAUGAAGCCAAGCACAACAUCUUAUGCUCUGAACUGAAGCAAUUAUAUGUAGCUGUUACUCGUACGAGACAGAGAUUGUGGAUUUGUGAGAAUGUAGAAGAGCUCUCCAAACCUAUGUUUGACUAUUGGAAGAAGAAAUGUCUUGUACAGGUUAGGCAAUUGGAUGAUUCACUUGCACAGGCAAUGCAAGUUGCAAGCAGUCCAGAGGAGUGGAAAUCACAGGGCAUAAAGCUUUAUCAUGAACAUAACUAUGAAAUGGCCAUAAUAUGCUUUCAAAGAGCUGGUGAUACGUAUUGGGAAAGAAGUUCCAAAGCUGCCAAUCUUAAAGCUAUGGCUGACCGUAUGCGAACUUCAAAUCCUGACAAGGCCAAUUCCAUUCUUAGGGAAGCUGCUGAAAUAUUUGAUGAUUUAGGCAAGGCAGAUUCUGCUGCCAGAUGUUUCUCUGAUUUGGGCGAUUAUGAAAGAGCAGCUUGGAUUUAUAUGGAUAAAGGUGGCAUGUCUGAUCUGGAAAGAGCUGCAGAAUGUUUUUCUCUAGCAGGAUGCUACAAAGAUGCUGCAGAUGCGUAUGCUAAGGGCAAUUUUUUCUCCGAGUGUCUCACUGUUUGUGCCAAAGGAAAACUGUUUGAAAUGGGUUUGCAAUACAUCAAUUAUUGGAAAAAGCAUGCAACAGAGGACUGUGUUGUGGCUAGACGAGGUGAAGGAAUAGAUAAAAUUGAACAAGAAUUUCUAGAGAGCUGCGCACUUCACUAUUAUGAGUUGAAAGAUAACAGAUCCAUGAUGAAAUUUGUUAAUGCUUUUGAUUCUAUAAUUUUGAUGCGGAACUUUUUGAAGAAGUUAGAUAGCCUUGAUGAGCUUCUUUUGUUGGAAGAAGAACAUGGAAACUAUCUUGAAGCUGCCGAAAUCGCAAAGCUAAAAGGUGAUAUUCUACUCGAAGCUGAUUUUCUUGAAAAGGCAGGCAAGUCCAGAGAAGCGUCAUUACAUAUUCUAUUCUAUGUGCUUGCCAAUUCUCUUUGGUCAAAUGGCAGAAAGGGCUGGCCCAUACGACAUAUUUCACAAAAGAAGGAGCUUUUAUCAAAAGCCAAGUCAUUUGCUAAGAAUAAAACAGAAAGCUUUUAUGAACUUGUUUGCACUGAGGUUGAUAUUUUGUUAAAUGAGCAGAGUGACUUGGCUUUGAUAAAAAAUCAUAUGAGUGUUUGUCAGAGGCAUAAGAGUAUUAAAGGUGAAUUAUUAUCGGCUCGAAAAAUAUUGGAUGCUCAUAUUUCUUCAAGCUCCAAUAAGUAUGUGUGGGAAACGAAGUUGGUUGAUGAUGAUGAUCUGAUGAAGUGCUCUGAAAAUCAGCUUGUCUCAGCUGCUCGUAAAUAUUGGAGUUCAGAAAUGCUCUCUGUUGGCAUGAAAGUUUUGGACAAGCUUGAAAAUCUUUACAACAAGUUUCCAAAGAAGAAUGCUGAUCCAGUGUUUUGCCAAAGCAGGUGCCUUACCCAUAUUUGUGAGGUCUCAGUAUAUCUUUUGCAAUCAAAAUGUUUGAAGCUAAGGGAUCAAGAUACGGAGAGAUUGCAGAGACGUGUAAAGUUUUCAACUGAGAGUGUUGUUACGAACAUAUUUCCUAUGGAUUGGAGGAGUUCAUUGAAGGAGAAUAUGAUUUCUCUCAGAAGAACUGAUGCUCUAAAGAAUGCGCUGGAACAAGUAAUAGUUGAGUAUACUAGCUCCAAGACGGAGCUGUCUUUUGGGCAAAUUGGAAGGCUUGUAAUGGUUAUUCUCGGGUCCGGUAAGCUGAAUAGUGAACUAUACGAGAAGCUUGUGGAAAAACUGGACCGCCACCAGCCAUGGGAGGAGUUCAUUGAGAAUCUCUGUGGGAAUAUUGGCCCUGGAAACAGCAGUCAAGAACCGAGAGAGGUGUCUGUAAUGUUGAAGUUUUGUGAUGCUUUGGUUGAUACUUAUAAUGUGAACUGGAGGGUUGUUAAUGAUUACAUAUCACCUGGAUGCUUUUUGUACCUUGUGGAGCGCCUUGUGAUUUGGGCAACUUGCUUCAAGGGUUAUGCUAUCACUACAAGUUCUUGCUUUAUUGAGUGGCUGAUAUACCAAGAAGAAGAUGCCGACGUAAGUUCCAUAGUUGCUGAUGUGCAACCAUCUUUGGUUGCAAUCCUUAAUGUAGUUCGGGAGUGUGUUUUUAAUAAGAGGGAUAUGGUUGAUUGGAUUAAAAAGACCAAUGAAAAUUGGAAGAACUAUUAUUCGCAGCUCAUAUUGAGAUUUGUUGUUGUGUUAUGCUUGGUUUAUGUGAAUUUUGGUACGGGUCAAGAUAUACUCUAUGAUUUGCUGGGGAGGGGCUUUAUCACUGAGCAGCUACCAUGGGAAUUUUAUGACGCCCUUAAGAGGAGGAGGAUACACAAAUCUUUUAGUAUAAAUGUGAGUGUGCUUGCUGCAGCUUUUCAGAAGAUCAGUAAUACUUUGGUAAUUGCAAGUUUCGGGUCCGAUUGUUCAAGGUUCUUAUGUUCAGAUGCCAUAUUUGUUGACAUGAAGGCCAACCGUUCCAGGGAUGACAUACUGAGGAAAUUGUUUCCUAAACCACAUGUACUACAAGCUUCCCAAGAUACAUCUGUUGAAUCAGGAGCCAAUAGUUCUAAGAUCCUGCCAUCGAACUCAGAUGUGGUGGAACCAUUAGAGACUGGUGAUGCUGGGGGCGUGGCCAGUCACUCUAUAGGUGAGAAACAUUGCACAGAUAUGCCUUCAACUGCUACUUCUAAGCCUCAACCAAUUUCAAGCUCAGCCUCUCAACCAAAGGCUUCCGAUACUCAAAUUCCCUCUAAUCCAGAGCCCAAAGAGACUGUACCAGAUCCUAAUGCAGAGAAGGCAGAUGCAAGUGCUAGUUCUGUUCAAGGCACUGAGGCAUCAAAUCAAGUUGCAAUCUCCCCCCAAUAUUCCUCUCAAAAACUAGUGAUCGAUGAGACUAUUUCAACCAGUCCGAUUGACAAAGAGUCUCAUACAGUUAUAGAUACAACUCCUCAAUCAGAGGUUCUUGAGACACAAGUUGCCUCUACUUCAGAGAAAUCCAACGUUGAUGAAUUGGGGGUAAGGGAAGAAGAAAUGGCUGAUCAGACUGAAGACACGGGUUCCGUCCCCCCCAAAGAGGAGGAGGUUUCUUCUUCCACCAUGACCCAACAAAUAGUCAUAUCAGAAAAGACAAGUGUCAGAACUGAAGAAGAGUUGGGCCACUCUGAGCAAGAGCUCUCAAGUGUUGAAAAUCUGCCCCUUCAAGCUGAGAACAUAGAGAUGGAAGCAGUGGAGCACUUGAUCAAACCCAGACUUUCUGUCGUCCAACCUUCCAAAGCUUUUGACCCCAUCAUCGAGAUGGUAUGGAUGGCUAAUGCUUCUCAUCUUAACCCGAAGGUCCCUGAAGGCACCGUUGGGCAGAUUGGUCCGAUUGAUACUCAACCCUCUCCAAGUCAUGUUGAAGGUUCUGAUGAACAAGCCACAGAAAAUGAGCCUUAUGUCGCCUCUGCUCCCAUUCAGGAGACCUGUGUAAGUGCUUCAUCUGCUCCUGCCUUGGAUGUUCCUCCCAUUAAUGCCAAUACUCAUGGACCAGCUAACCCUCCUGUCACUUACGUGAUCAAGGAUUAUGAUGAUCAUAAUCCUGAUUCACAAGCUCAAAACAAUCUGACCAGGCUAUCGAAAUUAAAGCAAUCUAUUGAGUCCUUAUCCUCGAAUACUCAAUCUAGUGUAAUCCAGGCGAAAACAUUCAUGAUGGAAUGGAUGACCAGACCUUUCGAUCAUGUCCGAAGUUAUGGAGUUAUGUCAGAAGUCCAUCAGGCCCUCAAUGUGCUAGCUCAGUCUGAUCACAAGCUCUAUGAGAUCUUGUGUUUUGCCAUGGACCAGCUAGACCAACUGAGAGAUGCCUUGAGCCAGUAUCAUGACAGUCUAGACUUGGCUUCCAAUGCAGAGUACACGGUGUCAAGGUUCCAACAAAGCUACACUGAUAGAGAUGAAGCAAUUGCUAAUGGAGAAAGCAAGGCCACUGAGAUUCAAGAGGUCGAUGCGGAGAUCAAGGGUUUGGAAACUGCUCUCCAACAUGCUAAGAAAAGGAGGACCCAGUUGGCCAAAGAAAUAAAUGAACAGCUGGGUCGAGCUGAAACUCAAGACAAAGUAGUCAGGAGUUUGGAAAGCAAGAUACUAACUUUCAAACUAGCCAUUCGGAGACCAGCCAUGUUGCUCAAAGAAGCUGAAUUCAAAUUCCAGAACUGCUUGGAGAUUUUGAGGGACAUUUUUGAUUGACAUUGUUGUCAUUAUUUCUGAACAAUCUUUUUGUAAUCGUCUUACUUUUGCCAUAAUUCGGCUUUCUCUCUUCCCUGUUAUAUUAUCUUAACCCUGGCUUGUUUUGCUUUUGUUCCGUUUUAAUCAAACUGUUGGUAUUUCAAGCCAAAGGCAAGACUGCCAUUAUUAAACCUAUAUAAGGCAUGUAUUUCAUUUUUUUAUGAAUUUGA